AUGUCGUAUUCGAGGUACAGGAGUCGUUCAAGGAGUGUGGACUCGAGUGAUGUUGAGAACCCUGGGAACAAUCUCUUCGUGACUGGUUUAUCAUCUCGUCUAACUGAUCAAGAUCUGGAGAAGCAUUUCUCUACAGAGGGAGAGGUGAUUGAUGCAAGUAUAGUACUUGAUCCAUGGACAAGGGAAUCACGUGGAUUUGGGUUUGUCACCAUGGCUACUCUUAAGGAGGCAGAACGCUGCAUCAAAUAUCUCGACCGUUCAGUGCUGGAAGGUCGUGUCAUUACUGUUGAGAAGCAGGUUGAUGCCCACAGCUGUUUGGCAUCAAUUCAAAAGAUACACAACCUAAGAUCGAAACAAUGCUACCUCAACCAAAGGGCAAAGCGAAGACGAGGUCGAACCCCAACACCGGGAAGGUAUCUGGGCGCCAAAUCAUCGCGUGGAAGGAGGUAUUCCCGAAGCAGGUCACCUGUUAGGAGAGACCGUUACAGCUCACGCUACUCGCCUGAGCGAGAACGCUCUUAUUCUCCUUAUCGCAGAGGACGAUCAUACUCUCGUCGUGACAGGCGUAGAUCAUACUCCCGAAGGAGAUCAUACACUCCUUCCGACAGGUCGGAGUCUCCCUACGACAGGCGAAGGUCCUACUCACCGUACGACAGGCGCAUAUCUUACUCACCCCACCAUGGUCACCGCCACCGUUCAAGAUCUCCAUACCGUUACAGUAGGCGGAGGUCGCGCUCCCACGACCGUUCUGUUUCAGCAUACUACAGCAGGCGCUAUUCUCCAAGGAGCAGAAGACGGAGCUACUCUCGCAGCAUAUCGCCACGCAGGAGCUACUCCCGCAGCUGCUCCCCGGCGUCAGAAGAAUCAAGGAGCUGUUCUCCGCGGAAAGGACGCGCCGGAAGCAAGGCAUCGCGCAGCAGGUCACCUGGGAAGAGGCGUUCCAGAGAAAGCUAUGCUCACAGCCGCAGUUCAUGCUCGAGGUCCGUCUCCAGGGAGCGCUCAACCUCAGCAAGCACCUGA